AUGCAACGUGAGAUACGGGAGCAAAAAGGAAAACGCGAGGUCCUUAAUAACAUGGAGUUAUUCGUUUUGGACAAUUCCCUGCGUGAGAGCACAGUGGGUCAACUUCGAGGUCAUACCAUUGAGAACAAGUGGAAAAUCUAUGAACAGGUAAGGGGGCCGCGAGGAUUAUCACCAAAGCUGGCAUGCAACUUUGUACGUAUUAUAGCAUUGUUUGGUUACCUUGUUUCUAAGCAACUUCCGGCUUAGGAAUUGAAUAGAGCGCGUUGGCUGCAACCUAAGAGAUUACUUUCUGCCAGUAAUUCCCAAGGGGUCACAUUAAAUAACAUAUAGUUGUGAGGAUUGAUUUCCUAGACAAAACUCCAAAGAGGCCUUUUUCAAAAAUAACAUAAAUUAAUACUCUUUGUUGUCCUCCAAAAUUUUGCGUAAGCAUGGUUUUGAAUUUCUCCUGGGGCGAUUGCAACUCCCAAAAUAAAUUGAAAACAAUUCUUAUGUAAAACUUUGGAGGGAAACAAAGAGUUAUGGUACUUUUGAAAAAGGUCUUUUACUUAUCCAUUUUGUAAACAGUGUUUCAAAAAAAUCAAAGGACAAAUUGACAAAUUAAAGACAAUGGAGACUCACACGAAGACGGAUUUUGUAGCUUGCCAGUUGCUGCUUCCCUUUAUCCAGGGGAUUAAGGAAUGUUUACGAGCUAGUUAUUCGGAAAUAAUUUGAUUCAUUUUCUUUCUUGUUUUGACAUUCAGAUAAAGGAGGUUGGCUUCAAGCACAUCAUUGUAGCUUCCUUCUCUCACAUGACUCGCCUGGGUGACACCUUCAUUCAACAGCUGCACGAAAAAGGCGAGGACUUCACCAAUCUUUAUGCCUUUAGCGAGUUUCUGGAAUCCGUCAACAAAGACAGGGUCCCAGAUACGAAUACUAUUCCAAUCGGCCUUCGGAAAUGUAAGGAACUCGGAAUAAAGAACGUCAUCAUCGAGGCGGAUUUAUUCUGGGCAGGGAUUGACUUCAGUAAGUUUAAAGUAGCAGAUAUCAACCAACUAUUUUCUGAGAGGAUGGAAUGGUGCCGUAAAAAUCUCUCCAAAGAUUGUAAAAUAUUCAUUAACUUUCGCGAUCUUCCAGACGGUAUGAUGAAGAAGCCAAAGCGGAUCUUGAGGGUGAUAAGGUACCUUUCCUCGCUACCGCAAGAAGAGCGUCCCUUUGGUCUAAUGACUGAAGAAUCUGGCAAGUAUCUUCCAGAGGAGGUUAGUUCUUGGAUAGCAACCAUUAGAAGGCAAAUGGAUGCCUGUGGGUUUGAAAAUGGGCAUUUUCUUGUUCACGUGCACGAGCAGUGGGGAAUGGCGGACAUCACCCAGUUAGAAUGCCUUGUCAAUGGUGCAAAUGGUAUCUGGGCGAGUCUAAUUAUAGAGGGAGCCUCCAUGGGUCAUGCAAGCUCAACUGUCACCCUGAUGAACAUGAUUCGUAUGGGAAACAAAAAGGUCCUUAAGCAGUACAACUGUACGGCUUUACGCAAAGCAGCACAAGAGGUAACCAGGAUCACUACUGGACGCGAGGCCUAUGACAGGCAAGUCGUGUAUGGUGAACGAGCCCUGGAUAUGGUGUUCGGAGUGCCAAAUUUCCCUCCAACCAAGAGCGAAUUUAGUAUGGCUGAUUUCUUUGGUGAAGAACCUGUUAUGCGAAUGACAACCCUAGCCUCACCUGACAUGAUUGUAACCAGGCUAAGAAAUCUUUUCGGCGGCGACCGUCAGUUCACAAGCGAACGAGGCCAGAGGAUGUUGGAGGUGAUGCUGGAAGAUCUGCGCCAGAACAGAAAAGAGGAAUAUAUGAGUGCUGUCGGCCUUGCUUUAUUAUUUGACCGCUCGGGAGGAAAACUCACCAAGAAAAUGAGCGAAGUAAUUGCCCAGGAAGAACCUAAGAAGGCGCAUGCCCAAGACCUGAUUGCUGAGAUUCGUACCAUGUGGGAUGAGUGGGACCUUCGAGAUGGGCAGAGAGAUGACAAGUUAGAUUUUGAUGCCUUCUACAAUGGGUUCUUGGCACCGUACUUUGGCUGCUACAGGUGCGAUGAGACGAAGCGCGCUUUGAAAGCCAUCGACAUGGACGAAGAUGGGACGGUGGAUUGGGAAGAGUUCGCAUUGUACCUGAAGUGGGCCAUUCGUCAAUACCCUGAAACCCAGACUGCGGAACAGCUGUUGUCCAUCGCCUUCCGAAAGGGUCUGAUCCCGGCCAUGCAAGAUGAGGUCCUUAAACAGUCUUGA